AAGAAAUCCCUAGGAACCCGGAAGCGCUCCCCGAUCGGCCGUGAUUGCUAUUCAUUCAGGCUGCGGCUACGAUUUAAUUCAGCCACUGUUUUGGGUAGCGGCUGGUAUCGGGUGUCGGCUAUAUUCCUCCGCAGGUAGAUUAAAGGAGCGCGAGCAUGGCUGGUCGGCUACCGGCUUGUGUUGUUGACUGUGGAACGGGGUACACAAAGCUUGGCUAUGCAGGAAACACAGAACCACAGUUCAUCAUACCAUCAUGUAUCGCAAUCAAAGAAUCCGCCAAGGUCGGGGACCAGGCUCAGCGCAGGAUGAUGAAGGGCGUCGACGACCUGGACUUUUUCAUCGGGGAUGAAGCCAUUGAGAAACCGUCGUACUCAACGAAGUGGCCGAUCCGUCACGGCAUCGUGGAGGACUGGGACCUGAUGGAGCGCUUCAUGGAGCAGGUCAUCUUCAAGUAUCUGCGGGCAGAGCCUGAAGACCAUUACUUCCUUUUGACGGAGCCUCCUCUCAACACCCCGGAAAACAGAGAGUACACAGCAGAGAUCAUGUUUGAGUCCUUCAACGUCCCAGGUCUCUACAUCGCUGUCCAGGCUGUCCUGGCGCUGGCUGCCUCUUGGACGUCCAGACAAGUGGGAGAACGGACGCUGACGGGCACCGUGAUCGACAGCGGAGACGGGGUCACGCACGUCAUCCCCGUGGCUGAAGGCUACGUCAUCGGCAGCUGCAUCAAGCACAUCCCCAUCGCCGGGCGAGACAUCACGUACUUCAUCCAGCAGCUGCUGAGGGAGCGAGAGGUGGGGAUACCUCCGGAGCAGUCUCUGGAGACGGCUAAAGCAGUCAAGGAGCGGUUCAGCUACGUCUGCCCCGACCUGGUUAAAGAGUUUAACAAAUACGACACAGACGGCUCCAAGUGGAUCAAACAGUUCAACGGCGUCAACGCCAUCACCAAGAAGGAGUUCACCAUCGACGUCGGAUACGAGCGCUUCCUCGGCCCCGAGAUCUUUUUCCAUCCUGAGUUCGCCAACCCAGACUUCACCCAGCCCAUCUCAGAGGUGGUGGACGAGGUCAUCCAGAACUGCCCCAUCGACGUCAGGCGCCCGCUCUACAAGAACGUCGUGCUCUCCGGAGGAUCCACCAUGUUCAGGGACUUCGGGAGACGCAUGCAGAGGGACCUGAAGAGGACCGUGGACGCACGGCUGAAGAUAAGCGAGGAGCUGAGCGGCGGCAAGUUGAAGCCAAAGCCGAUUGACGUGCAAGUCAUCACCCAUCACAUGCAGAGGUACGCCGUCUGGUUCGGAGGAUCAAUGCUGGCAUCUACCCCCGAGUUUUACCAAGUGUGCCACACCAAGAAGGACUACGAGGAGAUCGGGCCGAGCAUCUGCCGCCACAACCCCGUGUUCGGAGUCAUGUCUUAAGGAAGGAAGACGGAGCGGAGGAGGAGGAGGUGGAGGAGGAGGAGGAGGAGGAAGAAGAGUGUGGGGGAGGAGGAGGAAGCACCGCAACACCUCACUUGCUGUGGAAGGCCCAUGAGCGUUUGCACAGAUGCUCCGACAGACCUGUUCAUUCGGAUUACAGCGGACCAAACGAGCUGCCCGGAAGGAUCCGGGCGGCGUCCUCGCAAAUUAAAGAGGAAGGAAGAAAGAAAGAGGCGCCGCGGCGCUAAAGGAUCCUCAGAUAAAAUGUUUACUGCUAGUAGGUUAAUAAUAGGUGGUAAAUCUUUCAUUUCUGCGUGCCUCGUAUAUGUACUUAUUAUAUCCUCACAGGGUUGUAAUAUGUAAUUAAUCAAGUCAUGUAUAAAUGCACUUGUGUGUAUAUGGGUUGGGUUCUUGCUCUAUGUUAUAUACUUUAAGGAAAAAAAAAAAUAAAAUAAAAAAAAAACGCUUCGAUCGUUUCCCGCUCGAUCCGACGAGACGUCGUCCUGUAAAACAAUCACCAGACGCGUCCCCGAUUCACCCUCUAAAAACCUGAGUUUGAAUUUACUGAUCUUUAUUUCACCCGUUUUAUUUCUAUUAUUAAUCAUCUUGAACAGAUUGUCUCGGAGGAGGAGGAGGAGGAGGAGGAGGAGAAGCAGUGGUGUUAAUAUAUGAACAUGCAGUUUUGACUGACUGUUGUUGGACCAUCACUGUUGCCUGGCUCUGCUCGGACCAGCCUUGUACAAAAUCUGGAUUUCAAUGCUGGCAUUCCAAUAAAUGCCGAGGAGACGUUUG